CUCUCUCUCUCUCUCUCUCUCUCUCUCUGGUGCUUUGUAUGGCUGAUGGGUCGGUCCUUCGCCGUUCACUGCUACCAACAAUGCAUCAUACCCACGCCUUCUCGCCCCCUCACUCGCCGACUCCGAUUCCGGGCUUCUCUUUCGCGCUGUGUUGCACUAUUCCCAUGCGGCGUCGUUUGGUCAGGAAAGCCUCUCCCCACAAACCCAAUCUCAAGCCCCUCACUUCUCGUAUCGUCCACCUCACUCGCCGAAGGCAGCUUCGCCAGAUAUUUGAGGAGAUUGAGCUUGCAAAGAGACGGUAUGGGAAGCUGAACACCAUCGUCAUGAACGCCGUUCUGGAGGCCUGUGUUCACUGCAGUGACGUUGAUUCGGCGCUUAAGAUGUUCGACGAAAUGUCAAAGCCGGACAGUUGUGGCGUUGACAGUGUCACGUACGGUACACUUCUGAAGGGCUUGGGUUUGGCUCGAAGAAUCGAUGAAGCAUUUCAAAUAUUGGAGUCGGUGGAGCAAGGUACUGCUGUUGGGAGUCCAAAGCUGUCGGCACCACUUAUCUACGGCCUACUAAAUGCUUUGAUUGAAGCUGGAGAUUUACGCCGUGCUAAUGGCCUUCUUGCACGAUAUGGUUUUGUGCUGCGUGAAGGCGGCAGUCCCUCAAUCUCAAUAUUCAACUUAUUAAUGAAGGGAUAUAUAAACACAGGCCUUCCACAAGCUGCGAUAACUGCGUAUAGAGAGAUAUUACGUCUAGGGUUAAAGCCUGAUAAGAUCACCUAUAAUACUCUAAUCUUUGCUUGUGUCAAGACUGAAAAGUUGGAUGCAGCAAUGCAUGUGUUGAAGGAAAUGAAGGACAAAGCACAAGAAUUUGGCCGUGAUGAUCUUUUCCCUGAUGUUGUCACAUAUACAACAUUACUUAAGGGUUUUGCGCAUUGCAAGAAUCUGUUCUCAGUUCAGAAGAUUGUGCUGGAAAUGAAAUCAUAUCAUGAUUUGUUUAUAGAUCGAACGGCGUACACUGCAAUAGUCGAUGCAUUGCUAAAUUGUGGUGCAGUCAUGGAUGCUUGUUGUAUAUUUGGAGAAAUACUAAAGCAGGCUGGAGGGAGCCCGGACUUGCGACCAAAACCUCAUCUCUAUCUUUCCUUGAUGCGUGUUUUUGCUGGCAGAGGAGAUUAUGAUAUGGUCAAAACUCUGCAUAAGUGCAUGUGGCCAGAUACUGCUGGAACUAUCUCCCUGAAAGUUCAAGAAGAAGCUGAUAAUCUUCUCAUGGAGGCAGCUUUAAAUGAUGGUCAGGUUGAGGUGGCUAUAGAAAAUCUUACAAAUAUCAUCAAGAGAUGGAAGGGAAUAUCUUGGACAAGUCGUGGUGGCUUGGUUGCUCUUCGUAUAGAAGUCUUGUUGGGAUUCACUAAAUCCAUGUUCAGUCCUCGUCUACUGCCUCAGGUAUCACCGGAUGAACCAAUUGAGACUAUCAUGAUUCCUUUUGAAGCAGCAGGACCCCUACAUGGUACCCUCACCCUAAGGAAGGUGGUAAUGCGCUUCUUUAGAAAUCCAGUUGUGCCUAUUAUUGACGACUGGGGCAGCUGUAUUGGACUAUUGCACCGUGAAGACUGCUAUGAGUUGGAUACUCCACUUUCCACAAUGAUGAGAAGUCCACCUCCUUGCGUAACAGCCACGACAUCUAUUGGUCACGUGGUUGAUCUAAUCUUGGAAAAGAGAUACAAGUUGGUUAUUGUUGUAAAAUACAGAUACUUAAAUGGUAGUUCUUUCAGCUCAAGUUCAAGGGCUCUUGGAGUUUUUACAGCAGAACAAUUGUGUAGGCUCGUACCUUCUGUAUCAGAGUUGCCUGGGCAAAGAACUUUCUGUCUGUAGAACAUAAAUCAAAGAAAAAGAAGCCUCUUCUCUCACUC